CUGAGUGAUGUUGCCGCUAUAGGUGGAGGUUGCACGGGAGCAUGUUGGGAUUAAAGCUGUGAUCAUCGACGGCUCCCUGCCUGCGCCGGUCAGCGUGACGCACGGAAAGACGCGCAGUAACUGGAGUUACGUUGGAUUGGAGCCAGUGGCAGCGGAGGGAUCACCAAGUUGAGACGCCGUGAGAGCUUACGGUUGUUUAACAAGGAUGCUCCCGUCUUGCAAAUGUUAUUUUGUGACAAGUUUGAGCAAAAAAUAGCGAAAAGGAGCGCGCUUUUGUGUGCGGAAUGCAUUUUCUUGGACUGCAAUAAUAGAAAAGGUCAAGUGGACGCAGUUUUAGGCUGCAAAGAGAUUUGCACUGUGGAACGAGCGGAACAAAGCGUGCGCCAGGCGCAGCAGAAAUCUGGGUAAACAAAUAUGACGGCCGGUUCUGGCGUUGUCUUUGGUCUGCUGAUGAGCUACGAUAUCACCGACAGAAUUGUAAACCUCGGAUGAAUUCUGGAGUCUGAUUACCAUUUUUCUGAAAAGGGAGAGAAAGAGAGCGAGCGAGCGAGAGACAGGACCUAAUCCAGGUAGCGCAUCUCUCUCUCUGGCUGCGCGUAAUGGGAGAAAACUUUCGGACCUUGCAGAGGAGACGCACCAGCAGCAUCCUGCCGACGACGCUUUCGUAAAUACCAUGUGAAUUCUUCUAUUUUAUACGCAAUUGGCCAAGUUUGAGAGUGAAUUUCAAACAUUCAGUAUGACUUGAAACACCCCCGAGGUUAUCGGAACUUCAAGCAUCAAGCCAGUUAACCGCCGAGCCGAUUUUAUCAAAAGACACGCAGAAGGACAUUGAUGAUCUAGAAAGGAUUUCUGGAGCAGCAGCAGCGCAGUGAAAGCCUGAUAUCAGUUAGAAAUAAAAGACUCCCCCCUAGAUGUCUAUGAUGUUGUGCCAGCUCGGGCAGAAGUGUGUGAUGGAGGUGGUGUUGCUGGCCAUCCUGUCUUGGGUGUCCGUGUGGGCGGAGGAGAAGAUCAUAUUUGACAGACACGCUGUUUACUGGAAUAGCUCCAACCCCAAGUUCUGGCAUGGAGAGUACAGGGUUGCAGUGAACAUUAAUGACUAUCUAGACAUCUAUUGUCCAUACUACGAGGGUCCUCCAUCCCACGGACGCAUGGAGCGCUACAUCCUAUUCAUGGUCAACCAUGAGGGCUACACUUCCUGCCAGCACAGGAUGCGUGGCUUUAAGCGCUGGGAGUGCAACCGUCCCACCGGUCCCGAUGGGCCCCUGCGCUUCUCAGAGAAGUUCCAGCUCUUCACUCCUUUCUCCCUGGGCUUUGAGUUCAGGCCUGGACACGAGUACUACUAUAUCUCAUCUCCUCACCCAAACCAUGUGGGGCGGGCAUGUCUAAAGCUGAAAGUGUAUGUCAGACCUCCAGAUGGGUCGGGAUAUGAUUCUCCGGAGCCUUUCCUGACUGAUGGAGGUUCAAGCUGGAGGGCAGGGUGCAUGACCCUCUUAGCUGCUCUGGCCUCACUCUUCCUGGGACUCUUCUACUGGCUGUGACCCUUCUCUCCUUCUUCAUGGAGCUCCCGCCCAGGGAUAAUGGGCUGGGCUGGCUGUCCCUCUCAAUCCACCACCCCUCAGGGAAGCCCUCUGUCUCCGUUCCGCUCCCACCGCCACCUCAAUACAACCACCAACCACCCCCACUGCCAGCAUCCUUUAUGGCCCAGCCACGGACACCCUUCACAGGCCUGACUAAGAGGGCUGGGUCUUAAGCUGUCUGGGAAGUUGUCGUUUAUCUCUGGUCCCUGAAUUCCAGGUGGAAAAGCACCUCUCAGCUGAAAAACACAAGAGAAAUGUCUCUGCACUCAUAUCAGAGGGUCCUUUUGAUUUGACUAUUGACUCUUGGCCACUGAUGGGGUAGAUAUCGCCAUGGCUAUGAUUAAACUUGUCGUUCUGGGGCAAUUCCAAUCAUGCAAUCACGGCAGGAUGCAUUAAGCGAUAGGCCUGGAUGCACAAAAAUUGAAUUUUGCCCACAUUGCUAUCCCAUCCUCAAACCAAGAAUUGGAAGUGGCCAAGCUUGCAUUGUAAUUGAAAUUCUAUGCUAUCUGGACCAAUUCCAGCUGCGACAACAAUAAGAGCAAUUGCAUAGAGGAGAGGAGCACAGUGGCUCAGGCUGUGCAGAAAAGAAAGGGGGAAACAAUGCGAGCACAGAUUUACAUGAAUACGUCCAUAUGGGAAAUGUAAUAUUACACGUGUUGAUAUUUUCGGAUCCAGUGUAGAGUCACUGCAAUGUGAUACGAAACUCGUGCAGUUUUAGAAGAAACUCGGAUAACUCAUUUAAAUGACAAGUAUAACCAUAGCCUGUUUCAUUGGGAGGGUGUGGGGGUGUUCGGGGUAGGUUCGAUGAGAUGUAGAUCUUCAGGUGGGAUGUGUUCUGUCUUAUUCGUGUUUCUAAACAAAGCAUUUAUCACAGCCUGGCCAGCACAGGCGUCUUCAGCACUGUCUAAUGUUGACUGGGUCGGGUGACUUUUGGAACCAUGAUUUUUCUCAUGUAUGAAUGUACCACUGGUCACCCACCUCUUUGUCUUUCUGUAUUAUUAUGACUGUGGUCACUUACAGUACCUUCUCUCGGACUGGCAGGAUGAAAGAGUCGGGGAUUUGAAAAGAUGACAUGUGGGAGUUGGGGCGGGGGGUGAAGUAAGGAUGAACGGAGGACAGGUGAGAAAAGGAGGCGACACUUAAGUUGCAUGACCACUGUGAAACCUUCAGAUCAAUCUUGUUUCUAAUGAUGAUAUAUAUUUUUUCAUGGGGAAAAUCAGAAACACCCUGCUGCCGCUCCUUUGCUCUCCCUGAGACUUUUUCAGACAUCAAAAGGAAAAUUUAACCUCUCUCCUCACACGGUUUCUCCUGUCUGGCUUUCAGUCGUUGAUGGAUUAGCUUGGGCCCGGAGAUAAAUGGACCCACAGGGUGAAACUGACUGGAAAUCAGCCCUCAGAGCCCAGGCCAGAUCACAAUGGACGUAAACACUGACUGAAGCUGGUCCUGGGUCUGAGGGUUAAACCAAUAAGGGAAGCGCAUAGACUGUGGCAAAUGAGGCGAGAUAUGUGUGUGUGUGUGUGUGUAAGUGUGUGGUAGCAUCACAAAAAAACUCAUAUGGGUGUAUACACACACACACACACACACGUAUUCACAUACACAUGUUUAGUCUUUGAUAACAAGACUGUUCCUCUGAGAUGGUGGGAGCAUUCAUGGUCAUGACUAUAAAGGGAACAGCACAAAGAGAGAGCGAAGAGAGGAGGGAGGGGGGGAGAAAGCAUGUGUGUAUGAUGGGACUGAGACCUCUUUAAUGUUGGGAAGUGAACAUAAUGAGUAAGCACUGUGAACACACACCUGCAUACACACGAUGACCCAUGUACAGAUAUACACACGUAAAGACAUGUAGAAGAGCGAAUGCAGAUCUAGACAUUUACAAAGACAUGGCAUGAACAUACACACAUGUACAAUCACACACCACACACACACACACGCAAGAAAACACAAACAAGGGGAAGCACUUCUUUCCCAACUUCAUCUUAUUUUUGUAGCAUUUAAAAUCACUGUUAAUUACUCCUGUGUGGAAAGCAGUGAUGGGGUAUAGCCUGUGGAAGAUUAAAAAAAUGUGUCUUCUCUUCUUCUAUUCCACUGAUGCUGUCCUUCUAUUGUUCUUCUUCUUCUCUGGUUUGUGAUCCAUGGUUGGUAGUGGUAGGAUGCCUCCAGGGCUGAGCGUCAUGUAUGAGUUUGUCUCCUUUUCUGUUUGUUGUGUUCUUGUGGACGCUGACCUCAGUCAUUAAAGUCAGUCAAAAGUAAACACAGAAGUCAGAGCAAGGAGAGAAACACACAAAUAAAGAUUGUCUUUUUGUCUACUCGGAAAUCAAGCCAUGUGAGUGGAAUUUCUUCAGUGGAAAUGUGAAUUAA